CUCCAAGCCUCCUUACUUUGCUGAAAUUACACCUGCUUACUACAUCCACUGCCUGACCACCUCCUGGCCCAGCAAUUCCACCGGUCCUGAAAGCUUUACGUUUACUUGUAUAACUAGGCGUAUUCCAGUCCUUAAGGGAGGUCAUCAAGAAUGUGCAGCCCGGCAGGAUGCACCUUCUGCACUCUGAUCUCGGGCUUUGGAGCCUUCUUCAUGUUCUUCCUAGGAAUCUGCAUCAGCAACAACUACGAGUUCGUGGGUGAGUGGUACGUCCACGAGGAGGGCCGUGGGUCGCCGACCCACGAGCAGAUCUCGACGGCGUCUCGCAACUGCUUCAUCACCGGCGGCAUCUACAUCGCCUUUACAGUGCUGGCCGCCGUGUGCGUUUGCUACCAGAACAAAAAGGCCAAGCGGUCGUAACGCUCUGGCCUGGCUUGAGAGCUGGUCGUUGAAAGCAGCUAUGGUGAACCGCGUGUGUGUAUGCGUGCCGUGGAAGGCAUGUGAGCAGCACUUGCCGUCGACGUCUUUUUGUUUUGCUUGGAAAGCGCUGGGGGUCCCCACUCUGGCUCUUGCGGAUAGCGGCUAAGCACGGCGUGCGGCCUUUGGGACGGCAUGGCGUGGCGAGUGUGGGUGGGGGCAUGAAGGAAGAGUGUGAGAGCGUGAGAGAAGGCAUCUGAUCCGGGGGCGGCGGUGUUUUGACAUAUUGGGCGUCUUGAGAGUGUGCCGGCUGGCUGGGAGCAUGUGAUGACGCGAUUCUGGGGACGGGGUGACUAAACGAGACUGGGGUUUUCGGAGUCGGGCAGGCGCCUGCGCGCGAGCGUGCAAGAACUAUGGCCGG